AUGGAUGUCCAGCCUCCAGAGGAAGCCUUCUGUGACCUGGACACACAUCGGGGUUUCACGGUGGUCCAGCUCAGUGUGAUGCCGUCCUUCUUCCUGGCGGUGCUGCUCCUCGGGCUCCCCCUCAACCUGCUCUCCCUCUGGGUCUUCUUCCACCGCCUGCGGCGCUGGACGCGCAGCACCGUGUUCCUCUUCAACCUGACCCUGGCGGACACCUCCUGGCUGCUGGCCCUGCCUCUCCUCGUCCACUACCACCUGGGCCGGCUGCACUGGAGGAUGGGGCUGCCGCUGUGCACAGCGGUCAGGAUGCUCUACCACAACUACUUCUACCUCAGCAUCUUCUUCGUCACCUGCGUCAGUGUGGACCGGUACCUGGCCAUCGUGCACCCGCUGCGCUCCCUGGUGCUGCUGGGCCGGAGGAAGACUUGCCUGCUGUGCGUGGCCGUCUGGGCGGCCGCCCUGGCCCUCAGCAUACCGGUGGCCAGGAUGACUCUAAUCCAGACUUGCCCCGAGAGCAACCGCACUGUGUGCACCCUGUACAUCCUGCUGAGUGACACGAGGGAGAGCCUCCCCUACUCCUUAGUCUGUUCUCUGCUCGGCUUUCUCUUCCCGCUGCUGUUCAUCUGUUACUGCGGCCUGCGCAGUGUCCGAGAGCUGCGCCGCCGGCCCGUCCGGCCCGACCCUCACAACAGGCAGCGGCGGCUCCGCCGGGUGCUGAGCGCAGCGCUGGUCCUCUUCGCCUUGUUCUACUUGCCCUACCACUUGAGCCGCAACGCGGCCAUCGUGAUGCGGGCGGUCUACCCCGACGACCCCGCCUCCUGGCGAGCCCCGGACCUCGCCUUUGCCCUGGAGAUGUGCUUCUGCAGCAUCAUCACGUGCGUCAACCCUCUGUUCAGCUGCUUCAUAGGCCGCCAGUUCAGAGGAGAGAUCCAGGGCACGUUGACCGUCGUGUUCUCCCAGUGUCCGGGCACACAGGUGGCCUCUCUGAUGUCCAAGAGGACCCGGAUGACGGUGAGGCGAAGGCACAACAUGUCUACCGUCACACCUGUGUGCGCACUGCCCGCACCUGGAUCCCAAUGAACUGUGGAAAUGUGCAUAAAUGAUCUACCUUGUGAAAUACGUUUGCAUCAUGAUAUUAUGUAGGGCUAUAUAAGGGCUUUGUGUGUUCUUAGUUCAAUCACAAGGUUUUUUUUUUUGUUAUAGUGGAAUCAAAUUUAACAUUGUAAAUAGGCCAAAUGAUGUCCAGUCGGCACCUAACGUGGUUCCAACCAAAACACGCCCACUGUCGUAUGAAGAACCCCCAGCUGAACAGCUGCACAGACGUUGCUCGGGACCGUUGCUACGUUACACAAAUCAUCUGGGCGAUGAUUCCUCUAAAGUGGGAAUAAUACAAGCUUCCAGUUUGGUUUAUCUCCGGCACACAUCGGCUUGGCAUUGAGGCCAUUAGGUUUGGCCAGCAACGUUGAAUGAGAGUCGUGAAAACGGAAGUCCAAAAUGUUUGCACGUCACGUGUCUCAUGUAGACUUUCGAUAGUUCCCGGAAGUUCUUGGCGCGCAAUUCGAAUCCAUUAUUCAGAGCGGCAGAAACGCGAUUUUCGGUAAUUAGUAGGCUAUAAAUGUAUCGAUUUACAAUGAAGCAGAACGACAUGCCUGUGUAGUUACUCUGUGUAGCUAGUCAAUACGUUUUCUUAAAUCAUAUAUAAAUCAUAAAUCAUAAUCCACUAACAUAAUUUAAUGCGCAUUUAGAUUUGAUUCAG